CUCCUGUUGUGUUCCCAGAGGCCAGUCUCACUCCAGAGAACCUCUCCACAGUUCUAGACAUCAUGAGUGACGGUCUGUGGAGGACGUUUGGUAGAUAUGCCAACAUACCAGACUCUGAGUUGGACAGGAUCGAGGCACAGUGUACCAGUGACAGAGAGUGCAAACAGGCCCUCAUUCUCUCCUUCAUCUCCUCACAUCCAGCACCAUCCUGGACUCUUGUGGCAUGGGCUCUCUACAUGACUGAGCAGGACGAGGGUGGCGGCAGUAGUCUCAGAGCAUUGGAUCACCUUCAGCAGCUGUUCCCCACUGGAAGAUUCCGCUCCAAACAGAUCUACGAGCAGGAGAUGAAACGAGGCCACAUUGAGCUGGACCUGGACAAAAUGCUGCUGUUUGGCACGGCUGGCAGUGGCAAGACGUGCUCCCUCGCUGCACUGCUCGGAGUGGACCCUCCCACCAUCCGACACAGCACUCCAGUCAUGAAAAGACCAAUCGAGGUCGUGUUCCUGGACGUCGACGGCAAAAAACAGUGGAAGAAACGAACAUUAGACCAACUGCCAGACGCCAUCGCUGAAGUAAUGCGGUCGCGAAUGCCACGGCAACAGUCAGUGGCACAGAGCAGUGGUGGCCCAGCCUCCCCCGACCAGCAAUCUCCCCACACCGCAGCCAGCCAGUCAGCUCAGCCAACUCCAGAGAAGACGAGUAGCUCCACGUCUGAAGCAGCCAGGAAGAGCACAGCAUCCUCGGAGGAGAAGCCCAGGGCCAGGGAGCGGGAAGAGACAGAAGGGGGACUGGAUUCCCUGCUGCUCUCGAGUGCGGUGGACGAGGGGUUUGUACAUCUCAUCAACAGUGCUCCUCCCUCCCUGCUGCCCAUCCUGCGACUGAAGCAGUUCCUCAUGCUGGACUCUGGCGGCCAGCCCGAGCUUCUGGAGAUGAUGCCCGUCUUCCUGAGGGGUGCGUCCAAAUUCGUCUACGUCUUGAAGCUCCACGAGUCUCUUGACAAGCGAGCGACGAUCCGUUACUUCAAAGACGGCAAGCUAGUGUGGGAGUACCCAGCCUACCUGACCAACGAAGGGACCCUGAGACUGUGCGUGCGGACCAUGAGGUCCCUGAACAACAAGAACCCCGACAUCCCUCCCGCCAAAAUGAUGUUUCUGGCCACCCACCGAGACAUGGUGGCAGACGAGCAGCUGCCGGAGUCCUGGACACUCUGCACAAGAGCUGAGGGAGAUCCUCUUGCCUCAGUUCAGGGAGCAGCUCAUCUACUGCGAUAC